CUGCAUGACCAACUGCAAUGUGUUCAUAACAGUGACCACAACUGUAGAAAGCAGUGCAGGACCCAUCCUUUCAAACAGAGAUGGCAUGUGCACAGUAAACAGGGGCUGUUGAAAAAUGCUGCAGAAUGUAGUCGGAAUGCUGGGAUGGAAAAAACUGCAUCAUGGGACAUUGAGCUUGCAGCCAUGAUGCACUACAGUCCACUUCGCCUUCCCACAACUCCUGGCUGCGGAAGGUGGGAUAGCUACCCACAAUGCACUGCUCUCACUGUCGAUGCCAGAGCACUAACUGUGGACACGCUCUGCUGACAGAAGGAACAUUGUGUGAACAUGCACAAGUGAUCUGGGGCUCUUCGUAGAUUUCAAUCCUGAAGCAAUGUUGCUGGAUAUUGAGGAUGGUGGUGGUGAUGAGGAUCUAGAAGCAGAGCUUGCUGCUCUCACAGGAGAGAAGGUGACAGAAGGGAAGUCAAAACCCAAAGGGAAAACCCCUUUACCCAUGGAUCAUAUUGAAAAGAUGGCUGCAGAGUGCAUGAAGGACCUGAAUGAGGAAAAGGAGGAGGAUGAAGGUUUGGAGGAGGAUACGGACCUUUUGGCAGAGUUGCAGGAAGUUCUGGGCAAGCAAGACGAGACAGAAAGUGGUGAGGAUGAAACCAUAGCGAUGGAGGUGGUAGCAGCUCCACCAGUAAUACAGCAGCAACCUGAACUGCAGGCAGAGAUCACAUCUCCUGCUGUUUCCAGUGAAUUGCAGCAGACGAUAGAGGACAGAAUAGCUAACUAUAAGGCAGCAAUCUCUAAUGCAAAGGAGGCAGACGAGAGUGGCAAAGUGCGACGGUACGAAAGAGGCCUCAAGACACUGGAAACCAUGUUGGCUGCAAUGAAGAAGGGCAAAAAGAUCAAUGAGGAAGAAAUGCCACCCCCUGUAGCAUCAGGGAGAAGCUCUGCUAAUAUGCCUCAAACCACAGGAGCUGUGCCAGAGAGUUUAGGUGAUCCAACCAAAGUAAUACCCAAGGAGAAAGUGGAAUCCUCUGCAGACCAUGAGCUACAGCCUGUCAAUGAUAUGAAGUUGUCUCCGGGGUCAUCCUCUUUACAAUGUCAUGCUGCUGCUACUUCUGUCCUAGAAAUGGGUACUACAUUACAAGAUGAUUCCCUUAGCACAAGCACACGAACACUACUGGUUACAAGACAGAAAGAGUAUAAAUUAGCAGCUCUGAAAGCCAAACAGCAAGGAGAUCUAGAGAAGGCAAAAGAAUAUAUGAAGACUGGCAAGAAAUUUACAAUGGUCUUAGAAGCACUGGACAGUGGACAGCCAGUAGAUCUCCAGGAUAUGCCCCCAGCUCCACAAGAUCUUGAAAGCCUGGAAAAGAGACCGGCUCCAUCAAACCGGAUGGCAUCUGUUCCCGUUGAAAAUUCCCAGCCUCUCACAAUGUUCAAACCUCAGGGCCAUGAAGCCUCAGUGUCUGCUCAGCAGCCGAAAACUGUGCUGGAAGCUUUGCAGCAGAGGUUGGAGAAAUACAGAUCCGCAGCAGCGCAGGCCAAAGCAAGUGGGGAUGAUCGGAAAGGCAGGAUGCAUGAGAGGAUAGCCAAGCAAUACCAAGAUGCCAUAAGAACCCAUAAAGCAGGGAGAAAAGUGAAUUUUGCUGAAUUACCAGUUCCCCCUGGAUUCCCCCCCAUUCCUGGUGUGACACCCACAGAUGGCGACAGUACAAUAGCUGCCGUGCUGGAAAGCGCCAGCCACCUGGCUAACAUGGAGGAGAAAGAAGAUGAAGAUGAAGAGGUGGAGAGCGAACCUCCCACACAGGCCCCAGUUGCCAAGAGGCCUGCUCAGCUGCCUAAGAAGCCAACACAAGUUGUUAAGCCAAUUAUGGUGCCAUCUGCUGUAGCCCAGGAAGAGCACUCUUCUGAGAGUGUGAAAAAAGUUACAUCACCAUCCACUCCUGUAACAGCACCAGACAAAGCUGUAUCGAACGACCAUCUCCCUUUAGCCGCAAGUGAACAGCUAGAAUUUCUGGAGAACAGGAAGAAGCAAUACUUGAAGGCUGCGAUCAAAGCAAAGCAGCAGAAUGACCUUGAACAAGCCAAGCUGUAUCUCAGGACAGCAAAGAACUUAGACCCAAAGAUUGAGAUGGCAAAAAGCGGCAAAUCUGUUGAUAUUUCCAAGCUACCAUCACCCCCUACAGAUGAUGAGAGUGACUUUAUCUUCAUACACCAUGAGGAUGUCAAACUCUCUCAGAAGGCAGAAGAGGUGUACACUCAGCUCAUAAAACUGCUAAAGGACCAGCAUGAGAAAUGUUUGCAGUAUUCCAGGCAGUUCAUGCAUCUGGGAAACAUAACUGAAACAGCCCGGUUUGAAAAACUGGCACAAGGAUGUAAAAAGGACCUGGAGAUUCUGCAACUUGCACAAGCCCAGGGAAUGGAUCCCCCCAGCCAUCACUUUGAGGAGAGAACCUUUAAAAUAAUAAGGAUAUUUUCUGAACUCAACAGUACGGAAAUGCAUCUUAUCAUUGUCAGGGGAAUAAACCUGCCAGCUCCCCCAGGUGUGACACCAAAUGAUUUGGAUGCGUUUGUGAAAUUUGAAUUUCAGUACCCUAAUACGGAACAAGCUCAGAAAAGUAAAACGGCAGUAAUUAAAAAUACCAAUUCUCCAGAAUAUGAUCAGCUGUUCAAGUUGACCAUUAACCGAAAUCACAGAGGCUUCCGAAGAGUGAUUCAGACCAAGGGAAUUAAGUUUGAAAUAUUUCACAAAGGGGGCCUUUUCAGAAGUGACAAGCAAGUGGGAACAGCACAUUUGAAACUGGACAAACUGGAAUCAGAAUGUGAAAUUAGAGAGAUAAUUGAGAUUCUGGAUGGUAGGAAGCCCACCGGAGGGAAACUAGAGGUGAAAGUGAGACUCAGGGAGCCACUCAGUGGUCAAGAUCUUCAAACAAUUACAGAAAACUGGUUGAUCCUUGAACAUUAGUUAUCCUAAGAUCCAGGAAUGCUAAAAGCUGCAGAAUCGAGUUUGUACAUAGGACACUGCUACCUGCGAGCACCAAAGAUGUUAAAUGAAUGCACUACUGGACAUAACAUGUCUUUAUUUUGGUAACUACCUUAGUGUGUGUUAAGUUUUAUAAGGCAAGUAUUGUAAGGCCCUGGAAACUUACUACUAGUGGGGAAAAAUGGAACUGAUCUAUGCAAAAUGGAUUGAAUUGCCUUAAGAUGGGACUACUAAUGUUAGCACCAGAUGAAUGUUAUAUAAACUCAUCAUAACUAUCCUCUGCAGGGACUGUUUCAUAGUGGUGCGUGAAACCUGUAAUGGUUUGCUCUUAAAAAAAAAUCACUGGAGCAGUGCAAGGUAAUUAAUUUGCAAAUGAGACCUUAUGCUCCCAGCAUGGCUAGCUUGUGCUAGAAGCAACUCUUUUUCAGGCAUAUAUGCUCUUAUGCAUUGAAUACCACCUACUGCUUCCUCUUAUGAUCACCCUCAGGCCCUUCUGAAGAUCUGUAUGCUCCUCCUAUAAGUGUCCUGGGAGGAAGAAAAUAGUUCACUUUAAGCAGAGCUUUAGCAGCAGUGUAUCCCAUCUCCUCUGCAUGCUCUUGCCGCACUCUUAACUAGAUGUGCCUUGGCUUAAGGGAACAAUAGGAUAUGAGGAUUUUUUUAGAAUAGGGUUGUAGCUCUGGGUUUUGAAUUGGUUAUCAGUUGCCUGCCCUGUUUUCCCCCCCCUCCCCCGCCCCACUGUUUAGUCCAACUCAGCCUGCUUUGUGUGCCUUCAUUUUCUUAAUGCUUGGGAAUCAGUAAAGCCUGAUAUGGCCUGUUUAACAUGACAGGGUUUUCUGAAGGAUUGGAGUGUUUCACUAGGCGACUUACUAAUUGAUUGAAAAAUAGCCACUCUUAUUUGUGUAGAAAACUGGAUCAUUGCUGUUUGCAGAAUUUUUUAUAGACUAUACAUAAAAUGAUAUGGUACCAAAA